AUGCCAUUUUCUUGUAUUCCUCUUUUUGCUUGUAAUCGACAAAUUGAUUUGCUCGAUCGACGACAAUGCAAUCUGCAGGCCGUGCCUAAUGAUAUCGAUCGGAAUGCACGUACUCUAGAAGAAAUUUAUUUGGAUUGUAAUCAUAUUAAAGAUCUCGACAAGCCAUUAUUUCGAUGUCGAAAAUUGAAAACAUUGAGUGCAAGUGAGAAUGAAAUAAUUCGAGUUCCUCCAGAGAUUUCGCACUUAGCGUUUCUGGAAGAACUGAAUUUGAAAAGUAAUGGUGGUAUGAAAGAAAAGGUAAUAAUUUUAGAUAUAUCUGAUCUUCCGGAAGAAAUCAAAGAAUGUGCACGAUUAAAAAUUCUUGACUUAAGUUCAAAUCCAAUUACAAGGUUGCCAGCGACAAUUUCAUUAUUAACUUCAAUGACCCAUCUUGGUCUGAACGAUAUAUCGCUAACUCAAAUGCCACAUGAUAUUGGACUUUUAAGAAAUUUACGUUCGCUAGAAGUUCGAGAAAAUUUAUUGCGAACAAUUCCUAGUUCUAUUAGCCAGUUGACUCAAUUGCAACGACUUGAUCUUGGACAUAAUGAAUUGGAUGACCUUCCUAGCGAAAUUGGUCUUUUAACAAAUCUAGAAGAGCUUUACGUUGAUCAGAAUGAUUUGGAGAGUUUACCUGAGUCAAUCGUACAAUGUCGUUCACUUGAACAACUCGAUGUAUCGGAAAAUAAAUUAAUGGUUCUUCCCGAUGAAAUAGGUGAUCUCGAACGUUUGAAUGAUCUCACUAUUGCGCAGAAUUGCUUACAAAUACUUCCCAAUUCAAUCGGACGUCUGAAAAAGCUUGCAAUUUUAAAAGCUGAUCGAAAUGCCAUAACUCAGCUAACCCCAGCUAUUGGUAGCUGCUCAUCAUUAACUGAUGUUUAUUUCACAGAAAACUUGCUUGCAGAAAUACCAAGCUCAAUGGGUAAUUUAAAAGCAUUACGGACUUUAAAUCUCGAUAAAAAUCAAUUGAAAGAAUUACCUUCAACUAUUGGAGGAUGUAUUUCUUUAACGAUAUUAUCGUUGCGUGAUAAUCUUCUCGAAAAACUUCCUUUGGAAAUCGGUCGGCUGGAAAAUCUUCGUGUCUUAGAUGUCUGCAAUAAUCGCCUUAAUUGUCUUCCGUUUACUAUCAAUGUUUUAUUUAAAUUGCAGGCAUUGUGGCUAUCAGAAAAUCAGUCUCAAGCGAUGCUUAAAUUGCAAACUGAACAAGAUCCACGUACUGGAAUAAAAGUUUUAACAUGCUAUCUCCUUCCGCAAAGUAUUUGUGCUCAUACAGAACGUACACCAACGAAUCGUUCUUUUAUUGGUGGGCCUAAAGUCCAUUUCGGAAGCGAUUUGGAGGAAACUAAAGAAGAGGAAGAGGGAGAGGCAUCGAUUGGACAAUUCGCACGCCAUGAUACACCACAUCCAAAGCCACAUGCACCAAAGUUUAAGAAACAGUCAAUCGAUGGACAUGUUAUACACCAUGAUGAAGAUCAUUCAAAUAAACCUCCUUCAAUUACACUGAACUCUGGGCGAAAGCGAAAUUCCGAUGAUAAUCGAGCAGCUUCACCGUUAAUUGAUGCUGCAACUAUAAAUACGCCUCGUAGUGCCUUAAAACAUCCCCCUGCAUCACCACCUUCAUUGCCUUCAUCAGUUGAAUUAACCGUAAAUAAUGCUAUAGAUCGAAGAAGCGAUGUGCAUAAUAUUCCUUCUGUUGGUGUAGAGACAUUGCGAGUUAAAAUCUGUAGAGAUUUGAACGGUGGUCUAGGUCUUUCCAUUGCUGGUGGACUGGGAUCAACACCUUAUAAAGAUGAAGAUAAUGGUUUAUUUGUUUCAAAACUGGCUGAAGGUAGCCCAGCGCAAAAAGCUGGUUUGAAAGUUGGCGAUAAAAUUUUAAGAGUUAAUAAUACAGAUGUUGUAAACGUGAGACAUCAGGUUGCGGUUUCGACCAUGAAAGAUGCUGGUGAUGUUAUCGAGUUGACAAUUUUGAGGGACUCGCGUAGUACUCCAGCAACUACGGCUGUAUACCAGGUGACGCCUAACCAAAGUCUGGAUACUUCGAUUCGAUCUGAAACUUCGAUAUCGUCUACUAAAGAAACGAUUUCUACGACCAUUAAAAGAGAUGCAGAAGGAUCACCAGGUUUCGCAGUAGCUGGAGGGAAAGGCAUCACUAAUAGUGAGACCAUAGUAAUAUCAUCAAUUACACCCGGUGGUGCCGCUGAGCGCGAUGGAAAACUCCGAGUGGGGGAUCGCGUAUUAUCUAUCAAUGGUGUAAAUAUGCGAGGUGCAAGACAUGACCAAGCAGUUGCUUUGCUCACAGGGCACAGUGGCAAAGAAAUUUAUUUGGUUGUUCAAAGAGACCAUAAUUAUAUCAACACUAGUAAUUCACCACCCACCGUUUUGCUUCCUUACAGCUGGUCAUCUGCAAGUCAGCCUGUUUCGUUGCCAGCAGCAUCGCAGCAUUCAUUUAUUACGGGUGAUUCUUCAUGGGAUGGCAAAAUAGAGAAAAUUGAACUGACUCGAGAUGGUACAUCACUGGGACUUUCAAUUGUGGGAGGAAGUGAUCACUGUUCUCAUCCAUUCGGUAUUAAUGAUCCUGGUGUGUUUAUCUCAAAAAUAACUCCAAAUUCACCUGCUGCUCGAUGUCAGCGAUUGCGUGUUGGUGAUCGUAUUCUCUCCGUGAACGACACUGAUAUUCGAACUGCUAAACAUCAAACUGCAGUCGAGGUCUUAAAAAACAGUGAACCAUCUGUGCGACUAUUAGUGAUUCAUGAGCCGCAACCUCCUGGCAUGAGAGAAGUAAUUGUGCGCAGAGGUGCAAGAGAACCAUUGGGAAUUAGUAUCUGUGGUGGUGUUGGAAGUCCUCCAUCAAAUCCUCUUGAUAAAACCGACGAAAGCAUUUUUAUUGAACAGGUGGAACGAGGAGGUGCAGCAGCCGCUGCAUCAUUAGUAGCUGGUUUGCGAAUUCUUGAAGUAAAUGAUAUAUCUCUUCUGGGUUGUUCACAAGAACAAGCUGCUAGAAUUAUAAGUAAAGCUGGUACUGUGGUCAAACUUUUAGUCUGUGACGCAUUCUCGUCGUCUUAUUCUAAACCUAUUGUAUCUGCUCAUACUGAUCAUACUUCGCGAUGCGAGAAACCUGUAGGAAAUACAGUAAAUGCUGAUAAGAAUGAUAUAAAUCUUCAUCAUUCAUCGGUGGAUUCUUCUAAUAUCAUCAAUGCGGGAUCAACAAAUUCCUUCCCCUCCUUAGCUUCAGCUACAUCACAUCCUGUAGAAUCCUCGCCAACUGUUGAUGAAGGACCGCUAGCUGCAUCUUCUCCAAUACCAGUAGCAAACAUUGCUCAAUCGGUGCAUGAAUUGCCGUCGGCUUCUAGUGAAGCAUCGCUUUCCCAAACUCAAGCUCAAUCUAUAAUUCAAAAGUCAGAACCCCCACCUAUCGCGCCAAAACCUCGAAAUAUUGCGAAACAGAAUGGUGCUUCCGUUCACAACUUAUUAAAUGCAGGUUUGAGCCAUGAAGAUGAAACUACUGAUUAUAUGAAGGCGCCAUCACCAACUAUCCUAACAACGUAUCCCGAAAGAUUAGAAUUUUCAUCUAAAUUACGGAAGUUCGAGCAUGAAAUCGAAGUAAAGAAACCUGCAGGCGUAUCCUAUAUAAAGACGACAUUUCCACCAGCUAAAAAACCAUUAAUUAGUGAAGACGAUGUAAGAAAAAUGAAAGAGGAAGAAUGCAAAAGAGUUGGUGUGUCAGGAAUAUCGUUGAGUCCAGCAGAUGACGAUAUUAGUUCAUCGUUCGAGCACAUUCUAAAUAAUAGCGCUGUUCCACGAUCUAUACCAACUAUAGUACGAACAAAAAAAGCUGAAAAUCGCAUUACUGCGACAUCACCAUUACCAUCUGAUUCCGGUGAACCAUUGAAUCCUGUGGAACAGCGAGCACUUGAACAUCAAAAGCGACAGGAGUGGCGGCAAGCUCGGUAUAAAUCGCUGGAAGCUGAUUCAGCUGCCGCUGAAGAGGUUAUGCAACAAGUGCAGAAGAUUAAUAAUGUGCGAUUUUUAUCUUUUACCUGGACUGAUACAGUGAGAAAAAAUUUUGAACGUAUAGAUCGACCAGCAAUAUAUGGACUUAGACGAUGGAAAAAGAAAUGGCUUCCAUUACUGUCGACGAUGGCAUCAGUCCUCGUCGCUUGGAAACGUCUUACCCUUGUAGCCGUUGGAGCCAGCCUAACCAGUAAUGCGAAUAUCAAUGAAGAAUCAAAUUCUGUUUUAAUUUCUCCUUUACCAGCGAAUGAGAAGAUUCUCCAGAAUGAGACGUCAUUCGAGAGAAAUGAAUAUAUCGAUCCGAUUACUGGUGCGACUACGAUUUCCUAUAUUGAACGAAGUAUUACGCAGCGAGAGGUUGAUAUACCAGCUUUAUUGAAAUCCGAUUUCGGAUUUGCGGAUGAAGCAUCAACUCGGUGA